ACUCCAGUACGAGGACCCUGAUUUUGCGAAUGCGUUAUGUCUGUUGACUGAAAUGUCAGAGUUGCCAAAAGGGCGCGCUAUCUUGCACAUUGUAUGGAACACUGAUGCAUCUCCCACCAAUGUAUCUGAUGGCCAUUCAGUUGGCUCAGUGUCCUCCCUUGACACAUGUAGCUUUCACUCUGAGGAACGUAAUGAAGUGCAGGACAGCCCUACUCCAGGCUCCAUUCGGAGGAGCUCAUCCGAGUCCCUCCCUUCUCCCUCCUCAAGCUCGGUCCAGAGCAGUGAAGAUUCGCCCCAGGUCACUUUAAGGCGUACAACUCAGUGGCCCGAUCCAUUUCCAAUCCCUAAAUUUUCUUAUGAUGUUGAGCUGAGAUUGCGCAAGGGCAAUGAGAUCUAUGAAAAAACACAGAAGCGCCUUAUUUUAACAGGAGAUGUUAGAUCAGACAUCGUGAAAAAACUUUGGGAGAGUAUUUUUGAUCUCAGAGGUGCAUAUCCCAAUAAGGAGGAGUUGGUGUCUGUUGUAUCUGGCCUUAUUCUCAAGUAUCCUUGUCUUAAAGAGACAGAUAGUGUUACUGGCUAUGAUGGAUGGCUGAAGAGUCUUCAUUAUAAGAUGGGCAAUUUUAGGGCAAAGUUGCGUCGUGCAGGCUGUAAUGAGGUGAUGGUGAAUACAAAAAGGAAGGGACAGGAUGGAGAGGAUGCUCCGUUCACCCUGAAAAGGGCAAAACGUGGAGAGGUCAACCAUGUUCCAGAAUAUCCAGAAAACCAUGAUGGUACCACCCUUGAGGAGGAAAGGCUUGCGCUGAUUGAAGAAAUGAAGAAAAGGAAAAGAAACAUGGGUCUGAUUAGGCAAAAGAUGGAGCUGACCUUUUCCCAUCGACGGAGAGAAAUCAUAGAAGAGCAGCCUAUGGUGUCAAAAGUCCAAGAACGAUGGCCUGCACUGUUUAGCCAUGAGGAGAUAUACGAAGAAUUUUACCGGAUCACCAACAGAAACCUCCAGGCAACUUGGAAUGCAUCUCUGGACAAGUAUGCUUCUCGCCUGAUAAAACUGUAUCGAGCCAGGAAGUCAGCUUUUGGUCCAGAUUUGGAGGAGUUGCUGAACAGACUUGAUGAUGAGGUAACGGACGUUGUGCGUCAUCGAAGGACCGCAGCACUGAGAGGCCUUCCCGUUUUUCUUCGAGAUGAUGCAUCAGACUUCUUUCUGAAGUGCUUGAACACAGACCCUGAGGAAGCGGUGGUUGAAGGAGUGCCAGUUGGAAUACUUACCGUCUAUGAAGAUGAUGAUAGCGCCACAGCACCACCAAUAGUGACCGAAAUCGCUGUCGUCUUGGAAGGGGCGGUAAUAAAACACGACCUACCUCACCUCGCUGCUGCCUUCGGCUACCUGUUUGGCCUAAUGUAUGCAAUGGACAUAAGCUAUCCAGAAAAGAUGAGGUACACUUUUGAGGCCAUCCAGACCAUCUUUUUCGAGCUUGGUUCAAAAUGUUCACAGCGCACACGUUCCUUGAAAGACAAGCUUUUGCUGUGAAGUCUGAUGAUGGACACACACAUAAAUGGACACACUGCUCUUCUCUGCCAGCUGCUACAUGGAACAGGCCUGCACAUAUACAUUGUUUUUCCACCAUCACUACUCUAAGAACUAGUGUACACACAGGCACACACACAUUGAGAGCAAAGAGCAGUUCUCAAGAAGCUCAGUUCAAAGCGUGAAUUUCUCCCCAAGCAGGGAAAGUUAAGAUUGUGGUUUUAUUGUUAUAAUGUAUGAGGUUAACUCUGUGGUAUUCUAUUUUGUAUGUAUUAAUGCAAUAGCCACAUUUACACAUUCACUCUACACACAGACACAGACACAGACACAGACACAGACACAGACACAGACACAGACACAGACACACACACACACACACACUGAGAGUAAAGAGCAGUUCUCAAGAAGCUCAGUUGAGAGCGUGAAGUUCUCUCCAAGCAGGGAAAAUUUAAAUUGUGGUUUUAUUGUUGUAAAUUGUUGCCUAUGAGGUUAACUCUCGUAUUCUAUUUUGUAUGUAUAUUAUUAAUACAAUAGCCACAUUUACUACACACACACACACACACACGCACACACACACGAAAGACCAGCUCUCAAAAAGCUCAGUUCAUAGGGCGUGUAAUAUGUAAAUUCCCACACACACGCACACAAAUAAACAUGCAGUCACACACAUCUUCAGUAGCAUUAAUUCUCAGACCUAACUCUCACACAGACACACAGAAAAGACCAGUUCUCAAGCUCAGUUCGUAGGGCGCAAGUCUAAUGUGUAAUUUCAAGUGUAAUGUCUGUUUCACACAAUCCCAGGGAUUUAACAGUCAUUUUCUGACCACACACACACACACACACGAGGAAAGACUGGUUCUCAAGAAGCCAAGUUCAUAGGGUGCAAGUCUGUGUAAUUUCCCAAAUGGUGAAUAAAAGUUUUUUUCACUACA